GUGGGCGGGACGAAGACUGGUGUGGUGCGGUACGUGGGGGAGACAGACUUUGCCAAGGGCGAGUGGUGUGGCGUGGAGCUGGACGAGCCCCUUGGGAAGAACGACGGAGCGGUGGCAGGCACCAGGUAUGGUGGUCUUUCCUGGGGGGCCCUCCUCUCCGCGCAGGGCGUCCACGUGGCCCACACGGCCGAGCUGCGGGGGAUCCGCUGGGCGGGCAGCCUGCGGCAGGAGGCCUCGGAUUAUUACCGCACGCUGACGGCGGCCCUGGAGGUGCUGUUUGUGAGUAGCUUCCAGAAGACAGAGCUGGAGGCCAGCUGCCUGGGCUGCGCGGUGCUGAACUACGGGGCCGGGAACGCCAGCGUCCUCGUGCAUUUCCAGCUGCGCUUCCUGCGGCGAACCUUCCAGACGCUGAGUCCCGGCCUGGAAGAGGCGCUCCUGCAACAGGGCCUCCGGGCAAAGCUGCAGGGACGUGGCCUCCCCGUGGCUCCCUACGGCACCAUCGUGUCGGCCGAGCUCACAGGAAGCCGCCACGCGCCCCUGGCAGAAAGAGACUUAAAGUCAGGCCACUGUCCAGGGAACUCCUUUUCCUGCUGGAACAGCCAGUGUGUGACCAAAGUGAAUCCAGAGUGUGACGACAGAGUGGACUGUUCCGAUGGGUCUGAUGAGGCGCACUGUGACUGUGGCUGGCAGCCUGCCUGGAGGACAGCGGGCAGGAUCGUGGGCGGCGUGGAGACGGCCCCCGGGGAGUUCCCCUGGCAAGUCAGCCUUCGCGAGAACAAGGAGCACUUCUGCGGGGCCACCAUCAUCGGCCCCAGGUGGCUGGUGUCUGCCGCCCACUGCUUCAACGAGUUCCAAGACCCCGCGGAGUGGGUGGCCUACGCGGGCGCGACCUCCCUCAGCGGCUCGGAGGCCAGCACCGUGCGGGCCCGGGUGGCGCAGAUCAUCCGGCACCCGCGGUACGACCCGGACACGGCCGACUUCGACGUGGCCGCGCUGCAGCUGAGCCGGCCGCUGCCCUUCGGACGGCACAUCCAGCCCGUGUGCCUCCCGGCCGCCUCGCACGCCUUCCCGCCCGGCAAGAAGUGUCUGAUCUCCGGCUGGGGCUACCUCAGGGAGGACUUCCGUAAGCACCCCACGGCCGCGGGAGAGAGCGGCCACUCACGUCCGGCCCCCAUGUUCGCGG